AUGAAGUUCUUCGCCACCGCCCUUCUCUUCGUUUCCGCCGCCAUGGCUCUGCCUUCAGCUGUCAGCAGCAUUUUCCCAGUGCCCCAGGGAACUACCCUUGACCAGGCGCAGGCCAAGUGUGGAACUGAUGCCAAGGUGUCUUGCUGCAACAAGACCACCUUCACCCGCGAUAUAACCAAUGACAAUGACGGCAUCCUUGCUGGUGUCCUUCAGUCAGCCCUUGGUGGUGGACCUGGUGGUGAUGGGCUCGGCUUGUUUGGCCAGUGCAAUGACCUCAGCCUUAGUGUGCCCGUUCUGGAUGUUCUUGGCCAGCUCACCCAGCUUGACUCUCAGAAGUGCAAGCAGACUGUUGCCUGCUGCCAAAACACCCAGUCCACUGCUAACGGAGACCUGGUCGGUGUUGCAAUCCCCUGUAUCGCCCUCGGAUCACUCCUGUAA